AAAAAAAGAAAAAACCCCAAAACCCUCCUCUCCUGUUCUUCCUUUCUCACUUGUCUUCUUCUCCCUCUUCUACUCCCUUCCUCUCCUCCCUCUCUCUCGCCAUGGCAUCCCCAAAUCCCCAACAUCAACAUCAACAACCGCAACCACAACCACAACCUCCUCCUUUUGACAUGCACAAGUUCUUCAUGCCCACAUCCACACCACCACCACCUCAAAACCCUUCUUCCUCCCCUUCUCCUCCUCCUCCCAAUCUCAUCAUGAUUCCUCCACCCCAACAAAUCCCUUCUUCUUACCCUCCAUCCACUGGGACCCACCACUUCCCUCACUACCCCAACUUCCCGUUUCCCUUCCCACCCCAACAACAACAAUUUCAACCUCCUUACCCUCUCCAACAAAACCCUAACCCUAGCAACCCACCUCCUCUUGCUAACCCCCAACGUUCCCUCUCUUAUCCCACACCCCCUCUCACCCCAAACCAACAACUCCAAGACCGUUCUGGUGCCGAAAUCAUGGCACUCCUCCGCACCCCUCAAAAUCAAGAACCCCCACCAAUCCCACCGCCGGCCGCGCCUGCGCAAGAUUUUUCUGGAGCUGUUAAUAAUAGUAAUAAUAUUUUUUCGGGGCCUAUUAGGAUGCCUAGCAGUACUAGUAGCAAGAUGCCCAAGGGAAGGAGGGUAGCGGGUGAAAAUGUAGUGUAUGAUGUGGAUGUUAGAUUGCAAGGAGAGGCGCAACCCCAGCUUGAAGUUACGCCUAUAACUAAGUACUUUUCUGAUCCUCAGCUGUGUUUAGGAAGGCAAAUUGCUGUUAAUAGGACUUAUAUUUGUUAUGGGUUGAAGCAAGGGAAUAUUAGGAUUCUUAAUAUUAAUACCGCGCUGAGGUCUUUGUUUCGGACACAUUCUCAGAGGGUCACUGACAUGGCUUUUUUUGCCGAGGAUGUUCAUCUUUUGGCUAGUGCUGGCAUAGAUGGACGGAUUAAUGUCUGGAAGAUCUCUGAAGGUCCGGAUGUGGAAGAUAAGCCACAGAUUACAGCACAGACAAUUAUUGCUGUCCAAAUAGUUGGUGAGGGGGAAAUUAAAAACCCAAGGGUUUGUUGGCAUUGCUAUAAACAGGAAAUUUUGGUUGUUGGAGUUGGUAAACGAGUUCUGAGAAUUGACACUAAUAAAGUUGGAAAGGGCGAAGUCUAUUCAUCUGAGGCACCUCUUCAAUGUACUGUUGACAAGCUGAUUGAUGGGGUCCAAUUCGUUGGUAAACAUGAUGGAGAAGUCACUGAUUUGUCAAUGUGCCAAUGGAUGACCACCCGUUUGGUAUCUGCUUCUAUGGAUGGCACGAUAAAGAUUUGGGAGGAUCACAAGGCAUCGCCCCUUGUGGUUUUGAGACCGCACGAUAGCCAACCUGUUUAUUCAGCCACGUUCAUGACUGCUACUGACCGGCCAGAUCACAUCAUACUUGUCACAGCAGGGCCUCAGAACAGGGAAAUGAAGAUUUGGGCCUCAGCUAGUGAAGAAGGCUGGCUCCUGCCUAAUGAUUCUGAUUUGUUGAAUUGCACCCAGACAUUAGAGCUGAAGAGUUCAGCUGAACCUCGAGCUGAGGAGGCAUUCUUCAAUCAAGUAGUAGCGUUGUCUCAAAUGGGCCUUAUUUUACUUGCAAAUGCAAAGAGGAGUGCUAUAUAUGCUGUGCAUUUAGAUUACGGUCCUAAUCCAGCAUCAACUAGUAUGGACUACAUAUCAGAGUUUACUGUCACUAUGCCUAUUUUGAGUUUAACUGGGACAAGUGACGUUGUGCAUGGCCAAUCUGUUGCUCAAGUUUAUUGCGUACAGACACAGGCAAUUCAACAGUAUACUUUGGAAUUAUGUCAGUGCCUGCCACCUUUGAUGGAAAAUGUGGGUUCAGAGAGGUCAGAUUCCAGUGUUUUACAUGGUGUGCCUAAUGCUGAUGGAUAUGCUGCCCUGGAGUCACAUGGACGUAAAUAUUCUGAUGUUCUUAUGAGCUCCACAUCAGUUGAUGUGACCACUCCGCAACAAGAUACUCCUGCUUCAAAUAUGGACCCCAGAACUAUUGCUUCAAAUAUGUCCUCAUCAACUAGUGAUGCUGAUAUAGUUUGUGUUCCAUCACCUCCUCUUCCUUUGAGACCUAGAUUAUCUAGAGGUCUUGCUGAGUUUGCAGUUGGGGGAAUGUUUGAGCCAAGUCCUGCAUCCAGCAACCAAGGUUUUAAUCAACCAGCUAUCGAUUAUUCAGUUGACCAGCAAAUGGACACAAUUUGUUCAAAUUUGUCCGAUGUGCCUUCCUUGGAUGGUGACUCGAGGAAUGAGAAAAUUGUACAAGAUAAUUCUACCACUCUUAAUCCUCCUGUUACAUUUAAACACCCAACUCAUCUAAUAACCCCUUCUGAGAUUUUAAUGGGUGCUUCAUCCUCUGAAAUUACCAAUGUUAAUGAGGGCAAGAGCGAGGUUGACUCAAAUGUUCAAGAUGUGGUUGUAAAUAAUGAUGUUGUCAAUGCUGAGGUGGAAGUUAAAACAGUUGGUGAAACAAUAGCCACUCGAGAUGACGGAUUUAGUCUUCGAGGGGAAUCCAAAAGGCCUGUUUUUGAAAACAAGGAAAAAAUCUUUUGCUCCCAGGCAUCAGAUCUUGGUGUUGAGAUGACUAGAGAGUGUUGUGCAUUACAGCCAGACAAAAAUAUUGAGGAAAGUGGACAAGUUGAUGGUGUUGGCAUUAGCGAGUCUCUUGCCCCACCUUCUCAUGCAGGUGGGGAUGAAGUCCACGACUCAACAAAAGAUAUAUCUGGGAAAGUUUCUGAGUCCACUGUGUCGACAGUUGUUCCACUGUCAACAACUCCAAGUACAAAAGGGAAGAAGCAGAAGGGGAAAAAUUCUCAAGCAUCAGGUUCAUCUUCUCAAUCUCCACCUGCCUUUAAUUCAACAGAUUCUUUGAACGAACCUGUCGGGGCUUCAAAUCUCCUCUCCGUGGAGGGUGCCUUUCCUCGGUUUUUGGCUAUGCAGGAGGCAAUUAAUCAGCUAGUGAUCACACAAAAGGAAAUGAAUAAGCAGAUGUCAAAUAUGGUUGCAAUUCCUGUUUCUAAAGAAUGUAGAAGACUAGAGACCACUUUGGGGCGGAACAUUGAGAAAGCCAUCAAAGCCAAUACUGAUGCAUUGUGGGCUCGAUUUCAAGAAGAGAAUGCAAAGAAUGAGAAGUUAUUGCGAGAUCGCACACAGCAGAUAACAAGUUUGAUCUUGAAUUUUAUCAAUAAGGACUUGGCAGCCAUGUUAGAGAAAGCACUGAAGAAGGAAUUGGCUUCAGUUGGACAAGGUGUAGUUCGCACAAUAUCUCCAGUCAUCGAGAAAACAGUAUCUUCUGUUAUUGUCGAGUCUUUCCAGAGAGGAGUUGGUGACAAGGCAGUGAAUCAACUGGAGAAAUCAGUUAACUCAAAACUUGAGGCUACUGUUGCUAGGCAAAUCCAAGCUCAGUUUCAAACUUCUGGCAAGCAAGCUCUCCAGGAUUCCUUGAAGGCUGGUCUGGAAGCGUCAGUAAUCCCUGCCUUUGAGAUGUCUUGCAAAGCUAUGUUUGAUCAAGUAGAUGCUGCCUUUCGGAAAGGGAUGGUCGAGCAUACAGCUACAACCCAGCAGCAUUUUGAAUCUGCACAUUCUUCAUUGGCACUCACUUUAAGGGAUUCCAUCAACUCAGCAUCAUCAUUGACGAAAACCUUGAGUACAGAGUUGGCUGAUAGUCAAAGACAGCUGUUAGCUAUUGCAGCAAACUCAGGUGCAACAAAUUCGUUGGCUACACAACCUAGCAAUGGACCUUUGGCUAGCUUCCAUGAGAAGGUUGAAACACCUUUGGAUCCAACAAAAGAGCUAACACGAUUAAUAUCUGAACAACAAUACGAGGCGGCAUUCACUAUUGUGCUACAAAGAAGUGAUGUGGCCAUGGUAUCCUGGCUGUGUUGUCAGGUUGAUCUGCAGGGUAUCAUGGCUAUGUCUCCUCCUCCACUAAGCCAAAGAGUAUUACUCGCACUUCUACAGCAGCUAGCCUGUGAUAUAAGCAAAGAGACUCCUCGAAAGCUUGAGUGGAUGACAGUGGUGGCGGCUGCCAUACAGCCAACAGACCAAAUGAUUGCUUACUAUGCACGGCCUAUUGUCGAGCAAGUAUGUGAGAUUUUGAACCAGCUAAGGAGAUCAGCUGGCGUUACUGGCGCUGACAUCACAAGCAUCCGUAUUCUCAUGCAUGUCGUUAAUUACUUGCUGGUGACCUGUAAAUGAUGCUCCCAUUGACAACCACUGUGCAAAAAACAGGGCAGAGUUUUGAAGUAGGAGACAGUGUACAAAUCUUUGGUGGUUCAUAUAUAGGGUCGUGGAUUUUCUACAUUUCCCAAUUCGUAGAAGUAAUUGAAAGAGAGGAGUUUGUAGUUCGUAGAGGCAAAAUGAUGCUCUCUUCUUAUCUGUGAAAUAAUCUUUAGCAUGUUUAAAGAUUCUAUCCUCAUGACAUUAAAUUUCAUGGUUUAAUUCAAAGUGUGUUGGUACUC